AUGGCUACAACCAACAAUGUUCAAGGAGACGAAUUGCUGCGAUCCACUGCAUUGGAGAGGCAGGUCCAAACUCUCAUGGCAGCAGUGGAACGUCUCACAAAACAAAACCAUGAUCUAGAGGAACAGCUACGCCAAAGGGAUGCAGGACACAAUGUUCAAGAGGAAAACCAAGAAGGUACCAGUGCCGAACGAAGGGAACAAGAAAGGCCAGAGGGCAGUAACGCCCUAAGCAGACCAGAGCGGCAAAAUAUGAGCCUUCCAUCUCUCAUGGAAACGGCCCCUCCACCUAUUGUAGCAGAGAUGCAGGCGAUGAAGGAACAGAUGGAGGUCAUGAUGAAUGCCCUCAAGGGACGAGUGUCCAAUGAUCGUGAUGACCUAAUCAAAGACGAAGGAGCCCUGACGUUCCCUAGAAAGCUAAAAGGAGAUCCUAGCAAGAGGCCAAGGGAUAAGUAUUGUCACUUCCAUCGUGACCACGGGCACGACACAGCUAACUGCUACGAUCUGAAACAGCAGAUUAAGGCUCUUAUUAGACAAGGGAAGCUACAAAGGUUUGUCAACAAGGAAAGAACUGAUCUGCCCCAGGAGCAGGCCCCACGACGGGAGAACGAGCACCCUAGACCACCUAUAGGGGACAUAAGGAUGAUCGUAAGGGGCACUAUCGUGGCCGGAUCUUCCAAAAAAGCCCACAAAACCUACCUCAGAAUGGUCCAUAGCAUCCAACUUACAGGAUUUGUACCUAAAAUGCCACAAAUAAACAACCCCAUCAUCAGAUUUUCAGAAGAUGAUGCUCGGAGACUUCACCAUCCGCAUGACGACGCACUUGUGGUCAGCUUGCAAAUAGGAGAUUAUAACAUGCAUCGGGUCUUUGUCGACAACGGUAGUUCAGCGGACAUACUAUACUACCCGGCGUUCCAGCAAAUGAAUAUUGACAGGGAACUGUUAACACCAACGAAUGCCCUUCUCGUGGGAUUUGGAGGAACGAAGGUGUUCCCCUUGGGCGCAAUUACACUAUCUGUGACGGCAGGUGACUAUCCUCAGCAGAUCACUAGGGAGGUAACGUUUCUCGUAGUCGACUGUUCGUUCGCCUAUAAUGCCAUUCUCAGAUAG